GGCCGCUUUAUCGGGCGCUCCGUGUAAGUGAGACUUGUUUCUGAUCCUUCCUUUUCACCAAAAUAUUCACAAUGAUAACGCCUGCGUUUGACCUGAGCCAGGAUCCAGAGUACCUUAUCCUCUCGGUCCGUGUCCCGUACACCAGAACGUCAGAGUUCGACCUCUACAUUGAUGGAGCGGAUGUGAAAUUUUAUGCCAAACCCUACUUUCUGAGGUUAACGCUUCCAGGAAGGGUAGUGGAAGAUGGAAGAGAAAAAGCCACAUUCGACAUUGAUAAAGGACUUUUCACUGUGCACAUCCCUAAAGAAACAUCUGGAGUGCACUUUGAAGGCCUCCAGAUGCUGACAAGUCUCCUCGCUCCCAGAGGGUCCCGCUCAGCAAAGCCUCUGUUAGAGGACAUCAGCCCAGAUUGUCAUGAAAGUGGGGCCAACGAUGAUGCGGAAGAUGAGGAGGAGUUUGACUGGCAGGUGGAGCAGGAAGUGUACGUGGAGAGAUCGGAGGAGGAGCUAAGUGCCCUGCAGAAAUAUGGCUUUGGCAAUAAGAGGUCCGGAGUGUUUGGCAGAUUACAGGAAGAACUCAGUGACGUGGUAGAUGUCAAAAAUCCAGACAGCACAACAACAACGGAGAGGAGACGAGCACGGCUGGAGGCAGAGGCAGAGGCCUUUUCCCCCGAUCAUUACCUAGCUGAUUUGUUUGAAGAUGAUGAGAUCAGGAGACUGCUGCAAUUCAGAUCUUGGUGGACAAAACUUGUUCCUUCACCUGAGCAGGAAGAAGAGCCUGUUAUCCAGUUCAGCAGCGAGGAGAAAGAGCAAUUGAGAAAAUUCAACAACCAGUCGUACCUCCUCGACAAGACUUUGCGGCACCAGGUGUGGCUCAGCCUCGUGGACAUUAUCCUGGCUUACUGCUAUGAAGUGCGCUCGACACAGGGAGAGCACAACGUGGAGUCGCCGUGGACAAUCAGAAAACUCAGUGGGACGCUGUGUUGGCUGGAGACAUACAGCUCCUUGCAGGAGGUCCUGGUGUCAUUCGGAAGAAGGGUUUUAUGCUAUCCGCUCUACCGACACUUCUCCAUGGUGUCCGCUGCCGUUUCUGACACAGCUGCGGGCUUCGGCUCAGGGGA